AUGGGAAUGUUUGAGAGGGCCACCGCCGCCGCUGCGAACCAGCAGUCGCAGAACUCGUCUCGUAAUGCUAGUCUCAAGAAGCAGCUAUUCCCCUCGAGUAGUCCGAAUCCAGUCUCGACGUCGACUGCUAAGGUCGAUGAGAUGUUCCUCAGAGCCAGCCAGCAACCACCAUCAGCACACCGUCCAUCCCAGUUCUCGAGUACCACGAACCCUUUGAACAGCCAAUCGUCCAACAUCUCCCGCCCUCCUGUCACCAACCCCAAAUCCAAUACUCUCUCAUCCAUCUGUUCAACAAACGGGUCUUUUGCGGACAAGGUAGAAGUGAUCCACAUUGCGGAUGACACCCCGCCACCACAGAACUUCACAAAUGAGUGGGACUUGGACGAGGACGACUUUAGCGAUGAGAUCGACUUGGAUUGGGAAGCCCCCUCUGCUCUGCCAGAAAUCCCCCGUGCUCCACCGAAGAGUACCCCCCAGAUAUCCGACCUGCCCAUCCCGACGAGCGAGGCCACCUUGACGUCCUGGCCCGACUCUUCUCCUUCGCAUUUUGCUCCCCCUCGAAGGCCCCCGAGGUUGUCAAAAAAGCCCAAGAGAGAGCUUCCGCCGGCGUGGAAGAAGGAGCAGGCCAUCACCAUUGAAGAUGAGGAAGCCCAUGAUCACCGCGGCAUCAGCGAGGCGACCCCUGACGCAAAGCCCAAGGCCACUUCCUUUUGGGAUGCAACCGCCAGUGCUGUAAAGGCUCAGAAGAAACAGCUCAAGACGCAGCAGAAGGGACCUGGCGGUGGCAAGCCGGUCACUGACGACGUAUCCUGGGAUGAUGUGCACGAUGCUGUGGAUCAACAUGUGAAAGCAAGCAAGUCUUCCAACGCAAAGGCUGCCGCUAUCCAGCUGAGCCAAGAGCAGCGUCAUGUCAAGAAUCUUGUUGUGGAAAAAGGUCAGAGUGUGUUCUUCACUGGUCCGGCCGGUACAGGAAAGUCGGUCUUGAUGCGAUCCAUCAUCACCGACCUCAAAAAGAAGUACGCCCGCGACCCAGAAAAGCUUGCUGUGACGGCGUCUACCGGCCUGGCUGCUUGCAAUAUUGGCGGUAUCACGCUCCACAGUUUCUCGGGUAUCGGUUUGGGCAAAGAGGACGUCAACACCUUGGUCAAGAAGAUCAGGCGGAAUCCCAAGGCCAAGAAUCGAUGGAUUAAGACAAAGACGCUUAUCAUUGACGAGAUUUCGAUGGUGGACAGUGACCUUUUCGACAAGCUUUCUCAGAUUGGUAGGAUUCUACGCAACAAUGGACGUCCAUGGGGUGGUAUCCAACUGGUCAUUACGGGCGAUUUCUUCCAAUUGCCUCCGGUGCCUGAAGGUGGCCGGGAGCACAGGUUUGCUUUUGAUGCUGCUACUUGGAGUCUGUCAAUCGACCAUACCAUUGGUUUGACCGAAGUGUUCCGACAAAGGGAUCCUGGAUUUGCCGAAAUGCUCAACGAAAUGCGGUUGGGGAAAAUCAGCGACAAGACAGUGAAAAACUUCCAGGCCCUGAAACGACCUCUUACCUUCAGUGAUGGCAUCCAGGUUACCGAACUGUUCCCCACCAGAAGCGAGGUAGAGCGGUCCAAUAAAGCCCGCCUGGACUCUCUAAAAGGGUCGCCUCACACUUUCCAAGCUGCCGACCAGAGUACACUUCCCGAGAACGUUCGGGAAAAGCUCUUUUCCAACAUGAUGGCACCUCCUACGCUCGAUCUGAAGAAGGGGGCUCAAGUCAUGUUAAUCAAGAACAUGGACGAGACUCUAGUCAACGGAUCUCUUGGGACCGUGGAAGGAUUUGCCACCGAAGAUCAGUUUGGUAUCGACAAUGGUCUUGAAGAUGAGUCUGACACCAAGAAGCGAGUCCGCGCUUUUACCAGUGCGCUUGAGAACAACAAGAACGCUGUCAAGUACCCUGUGGUCAGGUUCCACGCUGUGGACGGGUCCCAGCGCGUUCUUCUCUGCGUCCCUGAAGAAUGGAAGGUGGAGCUUCCCAAUGGAGAGGUGCAGGCAUCCCGGAAGCAGCUUCCCCUGAUUUUGGCAUGGGCCCUUUCGAUUCACAAAGCUCAGGGUCAGACCAUGGAGCGUGUCAAGGUUGACCUGAACAAGAUUUUCGAGAAGGGGCAGGCGUACGUCGCGCUCAGUCGUGCCACCACGCAGGAGGGCCUGCAGGUGCUCAACUUUAACAAGACCAAGGUGAUGGCACAUCCGCGUGUUAUCAAUUUUUACAAUAGUUUGUAUGGAGCGGACGUGGCGGUGAAGAAAAAGACGGGGACGUUGGACGACUUUGCCUAUCAGAAGCCGGCGGUUGCUGCUCCAGCGAAACCGGCUCUGGCGAAACCUGCGGCUGCUCCGGCGGCUACUACACAGCGGCGGGCACCUGUGUAUGAUGAUUUGGAUGCGGAUGAGGAAGAGGCCAUGGCCUCUUUUGGGUGA